AUGGGCGUUCUUACCUCGAAGCCGCUGCAGCGGGCAGAUACACCAUUCACAAGCGAACGGAAAAAGCACUUUGAAAAACUUCGACGAGAAAACGUCCCACGAUAUCUCUUCCGAGCGUGGUCGAGUAAAAGCGGUGGAGGGCCAGAGCGCGUCAUAAACAGCAAAACGCAGGUUGUUCCUCGACUGUUCUUACCCGCAAAUUCGUAUCGCGCGCGGGAGUUCUACGCGCUCACCGAGCGAGAAGCGCUCGAUAUGGCGACCAGGCAUUACACCUAUAGCUACGAUGUGAUCUCCGGAUUCAGCUCCUGGUCAGCAUCUCUGCAUCUCGUAUUGUGCUAUGCGCAAUCAAUGGUGGACAGGGGCUUCAGAGACGUCCACGUCUCCGUCAUGGACACGCAGGACCUGGACUAUGAGGUUCUUGUUUGGCAAUGUGCGCAUUUGCUCGGCUCUGGACAGCAUGAGUUUCUCGCCUACGGGCCUGUGCAAGGACGCGGCUACAGAGCUGUACGAUAUUCUGUCUUGGUCCUCCAAGGCAUCUACGGUCUUCUGCCACAGCUGCAGGACGGAUCGUAUCGAUCGCAGGCUACACUGUUCCAGUUCGGAUACGGCAUCAGGUCCCAGACUUUCAAGAAAGCAAUACAGCCCGUUACUCUCGAGCAGUUGGAAACCGCUGGACGUAUAGCUCGUAUGUUUGGCCCGCAGAUCUUCCCGGUACUCACAGCAUUGUUAUGUUUGGUGCCUCGCCCCUGGCUUAGAUCUCGUUCUGGGAUAACUUUCACGCUGCGAGAGCAGAUCAAGUGCAGUAUCGAACGAGCAGGAGCGCUGCAUAUCCUAAAAGGUCUGAAGCCUGAGCUCUGGCAUAAGUCAGGCUACGUGCAAGCGAAGGAUUUCCCCGAUGUUCAGCAGUGGAUUAGGCUGCAGCGCGUGCUUGUAGAGGAAUACGGUCUGCACGAGGCCAACAUUGAUACGGUUGUAGUGUUUCAAGGCAGAUGUCAGCGGUCUCUAUACCAUGUUGAAGGGGCAAUAGAAAAUAGCACGUGGGCACUCCGGACUCAUUAGGUCCAAAAGGUUCAGC